AUGUCAGCAAGACAUUUCGCUUCCAAAGAAAAAUUAUUCAAAAUCUUAAAAGAAUUUCAAGCACGGUUCAAUUCUCCGUUCCGACUCUCUGAAGCGACUAGAUGGUGUGAAAGCUACUUCCUACGUGAGGGUGGUAACGUCGAAACUGUUGGCGUGUUUUUAGAAUUUAUCCUGAGUUUGGGAUUCGUUUAUCAGGUUGACCAAAACAUGUUCUUUUCCAGAUACUAUUUUAACGUGAAAAGGAUUGAGGAGUUUUUUAGCACCUUUUGCAGAUUGACAGAUGGAAGUUCCACAGAAGGCAAAUGUCAGCUAAAAAGUGCUGAUGAGUCUGGCAUCCGAUCUCUCGAUAAUUCUCAAGAAGAUGUAUUUGAAAAUAAUAUCUGUUGUAAAUCUGUCUUAACCAAUACAAAAUCUCAUUUAUGGUUCGAAGAGAUAAUUAGACGUUUGUCCUGCGUAAUGGAAACAAAUAGAAAUGAACUGAUGUCAAUAAUGGGAUCGUCGGACACUGAUUCAUCUACCUCAUCACUGCCUAAUGAUUUUUCAAUAGAUAUGGGUACUGCCGCUUACACAAACAGUAUAGCGUUAGAAAAUUGGCAUAAUUGCUUAAAGAAUUCAACUGGGAAAUUAGUCAGUCAUGUGGCUAUUACUUGUCUAGAUGCAUUGUCCAAAUGGCCAAAUAAUAUCGGUCAUCAAUCAAAAGUUUGUGAAAGAAAACGUCUACCAAGUUCACUUCUAUCCAUUACAAUUUCCCAUUUGGAAAACUUUCAACAUUGCUGCAUCCCAAAGACAGCAGAAUUACUUCUGGAUCAUAUUUUUUGCAGCUUUCCAGAUGCGAAACUUUUAGCGACAAUGAAUAGUCUUCUUAAAGGUUGGAUUAAUUCCGUUUCAAGUAACGCCAAUGACUUAAAGCCGUUUGAAAAAACAUAUUCUCCUAAUGUGAUAAGUUCACAUGGUGGUGAUAAAAAUAAUCUCCAAAAUAUUUCACUCCCACCUUUAACUACACCUUUAAGGGAUACAAACAAUUUGCAUAAAAAAGUUUAUGGACAUUCAUUAUCUAAAGCUUUUACACCUGACGACAACUCAUUCACUGAAUACCAUCCUAUUUCUCCGAUUGUAAACUGUCUAAGAUUUGAUGUAAGGGCAUCUGAUCCUGGUCACGACUGUGAAAAUUUAAGUAGUAUGUUAAUUCAAACGGGGAAAUCAAGAAGUCACAGUGUCUCUGAACCAGUUCAUCAUGAGUUGCAUCACCUCAACGGAUAUAACACAACCAAUCAUCAAAGAGAUUCUGGUAAAUCUAACAAUGAUCGUAAUUUGCCUACUACCUCAUAUACUCAACAUUCGGAUCGUGGUGCAUAUUGUUCAUCUAAUCGUAUACCCAGUGAUCCAAUAUCGUCUAUCCAACACCAUUGGCCGAUCACAGAAAGUUAUGAUUUAGCUCUUGCUUGUCAACUAGUUUUACUUUUUUUACCACCUGUAAUGUUUUCCCGGUUAAAAAUAAUGGUUGAUUUAUUGCGUCGAGUUCUAUCAAAUCAUGAACGCUUAGCUUCGUGGUUGGUAAACUAUGGUUCACGUGAAAAUAUUGAAAAUAAGUCUGAAAACAUUUUACCAUCCGAUACUCUAUCAUCGUUGGAAAUUACAUUGCAUGUGAUUGUAAAACACUUCGGCCCACUACUUUUACGUGUAUCAAGUGAUUCCGCUGUCAACAAAACAACUUCACGGAUUCGUUGGAGAGAAUGUCUUCUUUGUUUGUUACUUUGUGACCCGGAAAACUUCCUCUUAACAUCACCCAAUAGUUUACAGUCUUGUUUACGAUCUGUAAAUAAUGAUAAUAAUACGACAAGCGAUAAUAUUAAACCAGAACAAGAAAAUAUUCUACACAUUGAAGAGCUUAUUGGAUUAGAUGGUAUCAAGUCACAGGGUUCAAGAAAGUUCGGAUUUGCUCGCUCAUCAUCGUCAUCAUCUUUACCAGCAUUUAUUCCACCAAUCAGAUCAGCAUCCAGUAUUAGUUUAGAUGGUAGAUUGUCAAAAUUAAUUGGAUCACGAGAUAAUCUAAUCAAAUUUGCAUCAACUCCUACAAAAAAUGGUAGAAGUAGCAGUUUACAAAACUCUCCACGUUCUACCGAUACUUUUAGUUGUCGUCGUAUAUUUGAUGAAAGUAAUUUAGGUAUUGGAAAUCUAAGUAUAAAAUCACAUUCUACACUUUUUAUCAGUGAAGAGUCUUCCGGUCGGUUUGGUCGUUCCGGGAAUUGGAGUGUAGAAAAUUCUCUGAUUGGUUUAAAUUCAAGUAUAUUUUUUCAGUCUGAUCUAGAUCCCAAACGAUUAGCUGCAUUAGGUAAUACAGCUCAUUUGAUCAAGCUUUUAAAUCAGAUUCUCAAUGACCGUGACAUGAAUCCACGUAGAAAAAUGAAAUGUCUUCAAGAUUUUCGGAAAUCUCAUCCAGAUGUGUAUUGGUUACGCUUUGGUACUGAAGAAAAAGCAUCCAACUAUUUAUCCCGUUUACAACGUCGUAUCGAUUCACAAACUCAACCUAGUGUUUUUGAGCGGAUUACAAAUGCACUACGUCGUCGACUUCAGAGUCCCGUCAAGCAACAGGAUUAG